AUGCAGCUUCCAGCAAACCAAUUUUCCAAUAAUCAACCGACCCAAAAUACCCCAAUUGGCAACCAACAACCAACAUAUAGACCACAGACAAACAACCAACGCCAACCACCAACACAGCAAACACAACCAUUUCAACCAAGGAUAAACACCCAAUAUCAACCCAGGACCAACAACCCCGCCCAACCACCUCCCCGACAGCCGCCAUAUCAGCCAACAGCUAACAACCCUGCCCAACCACCUCCCCGACAGCCACAAUAUCAGCCAACAGCUAACAACCCCGCGCAACCACCAACUCAGCAACCAUAUCAACCACCAUCUGACAACCGAGUACAACCACCUCCCCGACAGCCGCUAUAUCAGCCAACAGCAAACAACCCCUCCCAACCACCUCCACGACAGCCGCAAUAUCAGCAAACAGCUAACAACCCCGCACAACCACCAAAUCAGCAACCAUACCAACCACCGACUGACAACCGAGUACAACCACCUCCCCGACAGCCGCAAUAUCAGCCAACAGCUAACAACCCCGCCCAACCACCAAUUCAGCAACAACCAUAUCAACCACCUUCUGACAACCGAGUACAACCACCUCCCCGACAGCCGCUAUAUCAGCCAACAGCUAACAACCCCGCCCAACCACCAACUCAGCAACAGCCAUAUCAACCACCGACUGACAAUCGAGUACAACCACCUCCCCGACAGCCGCUAUAUCAGCCAACAGCUAACAACCAAGUUCAACCACCAAACCAGCAACGACCUUAUCAGCCACCGGAUAACAACCAAGCCCAACCUCCGCCCCGACAGCCGUUAUACCAGCCAACGGCUAACAACCAUGUUCAACCACCUCCUCGGCAGCCGAUAUACCAACCAAGGGUCAACAACCAAGUUCAACCGCCAAUCCAGCAACAACCAUACCAACCACCGGUCCAGCAACAACCAUAUCAACCGCCAAGCCAACAACAAUAUCAACCACCGGCUAACAACCAAGUUCAACCACCGGCCCAGCAACAAUCAUAUCAACCGCCGGCUAACAACCAAGUUCAACCACCGGCCCAGCAACAAUCAUAUCAACCGCCGGCUAACAACCAAGUUCAACCACCGGCCCAGCAACAAUCAUAUCAACCACCAGCGCAACCGACACAAGGACCGCAAGUCAGACUACAGUAUCCCGAUCCCCAAUACCAAAACGAUGUUUUGUACCAAUCUCAACCGUCGCAACCACCUCAACCGUACACACCACCAUUCCAGCCAGCACCACCAAGGGUCAUAUAUGAACCGACUCAACCAGAAAUCAACAGCACUGGUCCAAAUCCGUUUUAUCAACAGUUGGAUCCCACUAACGUUUUGCAGUCACCUGCAUCGGAUCCCGUCCAAUACGUUCCUAGACCAGACACUGGCUUCGAUCCAAGCUACAACCAAUUGCAAUACCGGUUUAAUAACGGAAACUAUGGGGCUCAGUCGCCACAAGCUCAACCACAAAAUCAUCCACAAUCGCAAGCAUGGCCAGCCACCGGCUAUCCAUCUGACCAAAUCGUUCAACAGCCGGUGGAUAACGGUUAUCCGGUUAGUGGGGUGCCAACAAACGGUGGACUUCCGGUUAACAAUGGACUUCCAGUUACUAAUAAUGGGCUUCCAGUUAACAAUGGACCUCCAGUAAACAGUGGACUUCCGGUUAAUAAUGUAGUUCCGACAACUAACGAACUUCCGGUAAACAACGGACUUCCGGUUAACAAUGACCUACCGACGAACAGUCCAGUCACCAAGCCAAUAUACUAUGGGGAAUCAGCUUGGAACCACCCAGCAGUAGUAUCUCCUGCCCCAAUGCCGAGCACUUAUUACGAAUCACCAGGCAGUGAACCAAGAUACCCCUUCUGGAAGCAUCCAAAUCCUCAUUACGCGGAUCCUAGUGCGCCCAUUCCGGACAGAUAUGGUAACUCGAACAUCGAGCCUCCAAUCCCCAGACAGCCGUACGAUGUCAUAUCUCAACCGUCCACUGCUUGGAAUAUGCAAUCGGCGGCCAGCACAGCUCCCAAAACACAUUGGUGGCCUCGGACACCAAGACUUCUCCUGCCUGCGACAAAAUGGGACUGGAUGAUAGAGGCCGUGUUUUUUUUCCAUUUGUCACGCCUGAUUGACGCUUGUUUGACAUUUUAUGACACUUUGUUUGACACUUUACGACACUUUGUUUGACGUUUCAGGAUUGACAGUUAUUUACAAAAUAUCUAAUGUUAGACAGAUUUCUAUUUUUUGACAUCCUCGUUUCUUUCUCCUAAAAACCUCACUUAAAGGGACCAUUGCGCCACAUUUCUUAUCAAUCGCACCCUAGUCUCAGAAACGGGAAUUUUUUAGCUAAGCCAAUCAGUAAUAGUGUUCACAGCUCACUGUCGAAAUUUGAGCCUUCAAAUCCAUGUGUGUCCAGAAUUAUCCACGUUUGCUCAGGAUAUACACUAAUACAUUGGGGCUGCAUUUCUUAUACUCCGAAACAUCCACCAUUUUGGAAAGUGGUGUCUUCGUUUAGCCAACUCCAAUUGUAUCAUAUUCGGAUAAUUUGCCUGUGUGUUGCUCAAGAAAAUGUGCAUGCAUGUAUGCGUAUUAAAUUGGAUAAUAAAUGCUUUUACCUGUUAAAA